GGAAAAUAGAGGCGGGGCAAGAUAGCCGACAAGGUUGGGUGAAUUUUCCAGAGUUUCUAACUUACGGAGAGAAAAGAGAAAAAAGUUGACUAGCUAAAUGCUACGAGGAAUUUCUGGAGCAGGAUAACUUUGCAAAUGUGCUCUGAAGUCCAGCUGGUGACACACAGAUGAUUUUGCCACAGCGGUGUCGGCGCUAAGCGGCGGUCUCGCCCCCGUGUUACAUUUAGUCUCCUCGCUCUGCAUUUCUGGAGUCCCUGGCAAAAACGGAGAGGGGGGGGAUGUUCAGACAGGCCGUGACCGUGGCCGCGGGGGCGCGGGUGAGGAGCGUGGAGGUGGCGCGGGGGAGAGCGGGGUACGGCUUCACACUGUCGGGCCAGGGCCCCUGCGUCCUCAGCUGCGUCCUCAAAGGCAGCCCGGCCGACUACACGGGCCUGAGACCCGGAGACCACGUCCUGAGCAUCAACGAGACGGACGUGUCCAAGGCCUCGCACGAGGACGUGGUGAAGCUGGUGGGCCGCUGCUCGGGGGUCCUGCGCCUGGUCGUCGCCGAGGCGGGGGGCCGCCCGGACUCCUGCUCCAGCGACGAGGAGCUGGGCUUCCCCGAAAUGAAAACCCGCUGGCUGAAGCCCAAGAUGGACUCCAAGGCGCUGGGUAUCAACAGGGCGGAGAGGGUGGUGGCGGAGAUGCAGUCUGGGGGCAUCUUCAGCAUGAUGUUGGAGAGCUCCAGCCACUCCUCCAGCAGCUCAGAGAAGGCCGCGGCUGCCGCUAAGCCCAGGCCGCGGUCGGAGCCGCGCUACAGGGCCAGGAGCGAGAGCAAGAGCAACCCCGACUUACUGUCAGAGGAGGAGAUGGCCCGGGUCCUCAACGACGACUCGGUGUUCGUGGACACGUUGGAGGGUCACCGGGACGAUUUUGCGCUGGACGCUAACAUUCUGAACGUGGGGAUGAUGGUGGGCUACCUGGGCUCGAUCGAGCUGGCCUCGGCCAGCGCCAGCCUGGAGGGCGACAGCCUGCAGGCCAUCCGCGGCUGCAUGCGGCGCCUGAGGGCCGAGCAGCGCAUCCACUCGCUGGUGAUGAUGAAGAUCAUGCACGACUGCAUCCGGCUCUGCAGCGACCGGGGCGCCGUCCUCGCCACCUACCCGGCCGAGAAGCUCACCCUGAGCGCCGUGUGCCCGGACGACCGCCGCUUCUUCGGCUUGGUCACCAUGCAGGCCACGGAUGAGCGCAGUCCGGCCUGGGAAGAGGAGGGCGGCCUGAGGACCUCCUGCCACGUCUUCAUCGUGGACCCCGAGCUCUGCCACCAUAGAGUUCACCAGGGCAUCGCCCGGCGCUUCGGUUUCGAGUGCACCCCUGACCCGGACACUAACGGCUGCCUGGAGUUCCCCCCGACAUCGCAGCCCCUCUUGCAGUUUGUGUCGGUGCUCUACCGGGACAUGGGGGAGUCCAUCGAAGGCAUGAGGGCCCGGGCUUUUCUGGACGGCGACAUCGACGCCCAGCAGAACAACAGCACCAGCAGCAACAGCGACAGCGGCAUAGGGAACUUCCUCCCCGAGGAGAAGAACAACCGGGUUCUGCUGGUGGACCUGGGCUCCAACCCCAGCCGGCACGUCCCCAACGGGCUGUGGGAGAACCCGCAGAGCAGGAACCCGGGUCAGGCGGUACCCCACCGCAACGGCUACCGCUACGACCCGGAAGCCAAGUACCUCCUCUCUGACCCGCCCCAGCCCGACGCAUCUCAGCUGGGCUCCAGGCAUCCGGGCUCCUGCAGGAAGGAGCCCCCGGCCCCGCCCCCGCGGGCUCAUUACCCGCGCGGGAAGAAGGCAGGCGUGGGCGGGGCCGGACACGGCGGCCAGCGCUGGCUCCCCGUGCAUGUCCUCAGAGACUGGCGCCGUGGCAACAGCAGCGACCAGGAGUCCUACGCCGAGUCCACCGACGGCUGGUCCAGCGCCAACUGCAGCACCCUGCCCCCGCCCAUGAGCAAAAUCCCCGCAGACAGGUACCGGGCAGCGGGGGACAUCGCCCAGCCCUCCCGCCUCAGCUCUCAGAAAGACCAAUGGGCUAAAAAGCUGUUCGGAGCCGACCGGGCGUUCCGGGAGAAGCUGCAGGGGAAGCACGGCAAAGAUGAAAAGGGAUCCAGGUUUCGCGGCGUCAGCGUGGGGUUCCCCCACCUGCCCCAGCGCACCCCCGGGCGGAGGUCCUUCGGCCGAUCCAAGCGCCUCAGUCUGGCCCGCUCCCUGGACGACCUGGAGGUAGGCCCCCCGCCGAAGAUGGAGGCUUAA